AAACCCUAGCAUACAUGUUAACGUGGCCGAGCUUGGUAAAAGGGAAAGCAGAGAGGGAAGGACAGCAAACACAGAGGAUAUGGCGGUUCCCGGAAGGCUCAACGGAAUAAUGGACGACGAAGAAAACGAAGACCAUGCUCUGUUCGAAGAAGAGGGUCUGAUCGAGCUUGACUCUGACACUCCUCCCCACCUCCGCGACCUCGCUGCCGCUUCUCAGCUUGGCGACCUCGACGCUCUCCGCCUCGCACUAGAUAACUUGACUGGCAGCAUUGAUGAACCUGUGGAAGAUGGGGACACAGCUCUCCAUCUGGCCUGUCUCUAUGGCCAUUUCCACUGUGUUCAGCUACUUUUGGAAAGAGGAGCUAACCUGGAAGCUAAAGAUGAAGACGGUGCAAUUCCUCUUCAUGAUGCUUGUGCAGGAGGAUUCAUGGAGAUAGCCCAACUUCUUUUAAACACAGCAAAUGACACUGAAUCUGUAAAGAGGAUGUUAGAAUCAGUUGAUGCGGAAGGUGAUACUCCACUCCACCAUGCUGCAAGAGGUGAGCACGUUGAUAUUGUAAGGUUGUUACUGGCUUCUGGGGCUUCUCCUGCAAUAUCAAAUACUUAUGGAAAGACCCCGAGUGACCUAGCUGAUCCAGACACAGAAGCUAAGAGUGUAUUGGAAGCUGCUGGUGGAGGUGCUGUGGCAAGCGAGUAGGCUUUACGAUGUAGUUGCUGAAAACAUAAAUUAUUUAAUGCUGCGGCCACUGUUUUUCUGUCUCUGUGGUAUAAGCAGCUAACACCAGAUUUUGGAUAUCUUGAUCAAUCUCUGAUUAGCAUUGGUUCUUAACUCUGAUAGAUAAAGAGCUUAUAGGUUUCCUAUGAUUGCAAUUUUUCUCA